GUGCACUCACAUCUUAAAUACCUUGUGGAUAAUCAUGCUAGUGUGUGGGCGUGUGCCAGUUUCCAGGAAAUAUGGCCUUCUCCAAGCAACCUGCAGAUGUUUGAAAGGGCUGCUGAAAGGGGUAACUUUGAAGCUGCUGUGAAGCUGGGGAUAGCAUACCUGUACAACGAAGGCUUGUCCAUCUCAGAGGAGGGCCGUGCAGAGGUGAAUGGACUGAAGGCAUCUCACUUCUUCAGCCUGGCGGAGCGGCUGAACGCGGCUGCAGCCCCCUUCAUCUGGCUCUUCAUCCGUCCUCCCUGGUCCCUGAGUGGCAGCUGUUGUAAAGCUGUGGUCUAUGAGAGCCUCAAAGCAGAGUGUCAGCUGGAGAAAGCUCAGAAAGGAUCUAUUCUACACUGCUUGGCUAAGGUCUUGAGUCUCUUUGAGGAUGAAGAAAAAAGAAAAGAAUCGCUUGAAAUGCUUGAAGAAUCUUCAAAGCAGGGUUGUUUAAACAGCUCCUACCUCCUUUGGGAAAGUAACAGAAAGGCUGCUAUGUCAGACCCUGGCAGAUACCUCCAAAGUCUCAGGAAGCUACGAGACUAUGCAGCAAAGGGCUGCUGGGAAGCACAGAUAGCUUUAGCCAAAGCUUGUGGGAAUGGAAACCAACUAGGAUUAGAAGCCAAAUCUUCCAGUGAAACAGUGUCUCAAAUCUUUCAAGCUUCCCUUCCCAUCAGGAAGCAAAGUAUCUUCACUGUGCAGAAAGGAAUGAAUGAAACAAUGAGGUACAUCCUGAUUGACUGGCUGGUAGAAGUGGCUACCAUGAAGGACUUCUCCAGCCUGUGCCUUCACAUGACAGUGGGCUGCGUGGACCGUUACUUGAAGCUGAGACCUGUGCCCCGGGCUCGCCUGCAGCUCCUGGGAAUAGCCUGCAUGGUCAUCUGCACACGUUUCAUCAGCAAAGAGAUCCUGACAAUACGGGAAGCUGUGUGGCUAACAGACAACACCUACAAGUAUGAAGACUUGGUCAGAAUGAUGGGUGAGAUCAUUUCUGCCCUAGAAGGAAAAAUAAGGAUGCCUACCGUUGUGGACUACAAAGAAGUCUUGUCAAAUGUCACCUCUCUGGAGAGAAGAACUCUUCACCUCUACAGCUUCAUCUGUGAACUGUCACUCCUGAACACGAGCCUGUGUGUGUACUCCCCAGCUCGGCUGGCUGCCGCGGCGCUGCUGCUGGCCAAGAUCCUGCACAGGCAAGCACACCCCUGGACCAGCCAGCUGGCUGAGUGCACUGGUUUCUCUCUUGAAGAUCUGUUGCCCUGUGUGCUGAGCCUCUACCAAAAGUGUUUCCAUGGUGAUGUCCCAAAGGACUACAGGCAGGUGUCCCUGACUGCAGUGAAACAGCGAUUCGAAGACGAGCGCUAUGAAGAAAUAGGCAAAGAAAAGAUGAUGAGUUACAGCCAGCUCUGUUCAUUGUUGGGUGUGAAACAGGAGGACCCGGGGCCCAGCCCCUUGCACAAGAACGUGGUGGAAAUUCAGACUUUCCUUAGCUCCCCCUGUGGAAAGAGAACUAAAAGGAGGAGGGAAGACAGCAUCCAGGAUGACAGAGGCAGCUUUGUGACUACACCCACAGCAGAACUAUCCACCCAGGAAGAAAGUCUUCUAGAUAACUUCUUAGACUGGAGUCUAGAUACCUGCUCUGGUUAUGAAGGUGAUCAGGAAAGUGAAGGCGAGAGAGAAGGAGAUGUGACAGGCCCCAGUGGGAUCCUGGACGUGACCGUGCUCUACGUGGACCCCACGGAGCACUGCUGCCAGGACUCCAGCGACGAGGACAACCUGGGCGCGGGGUGGGCGGGGG